GAAGAUGGUACUAAACUGGAGGAACUGUUAACUCCCUCAAGGGUAGAGAGUCCUUGAAGAGUGAUCUUGGCAGUCACCAACCACAUGAAGUUUGAGAAAAGCAAGUGCCAGAUUUUACAUCUGGGACAGGGCAACCCUGGUUAUGUACGAACUGGGGUACGAGAGGCUGGAGAGCAGAAAGGAGUCUGGGGUUUCUGGUGACAGUAAGUUGAAUGUGAGUCAGCAGUGUACCCUGGCAGCCCAAAGCCAACCGUACCCUAUGGUGCAUCAGGCCCAGCACUGCCACUGGGUGAGGGAAGGGAUUGCCCUGGUGGAACACACCAUAGGAGGUGCAGUGGAAUUACACAUCACAGCCUGAACCAGCAGUUGAGCACUAGGUAAGAAGGCGUGGCUAACCAAGGGAGCUCAGGUGCAGGCAAUGCACCUGAGUAAUGAAAAGGAGCCUGGAUCCCCCCCCUCCUCACUCUCAUUUAAGGGUUAGCAGCCAAGGCAGCAACAUUUCUUUGGAUAGAGGUUGUUCUCCUCUUGAACUGCUGCCAGUCAUUGGAAAAUUGGAAGGGAGGACCUUUAUCUCAGCUCUUCUGCCAGAACAAAGCACCAAAAUGCAACCUGUGUCCCUGCACAGCCUUUCAGAGCUGGAAAGAGCCAGUUUGCAGGAGCUAGCCCUCUACCAGCUGCAAGAAAAGCUGCUUGUUGGAGAUCUCAGCCUGGCUAAAGUUGGACCUAGAGGCAGUAAAUCUAUCCGUCAGAAACUGGAGAGCUUUUCAAAGGAGAAGAAAGACUGCUCUCCUCAGACCUUUGGGAUCCCACUGUGCCAAGUCAUUGCCAAUGACCGUGCAAACAGACAACUGCAAGAAACAGUGAAGAGCAGCCGCCGGCUGUGCGUGGAGGUGGAAAAAACAGUGACAAACUUUCGUGCUCAGAUGCAGAAGAGAUCCCCGCUGGGCAGGGGCUGUUUGCUGGUACCUUACGAAGUGUUCCCUGAAGAGCCUCUUUCCCCAGAUUUUCCUGACCAUAACUCUUCUUGGAGUCAGCGAAGGGGAGCCAUGUCUGUGGACUGCAUCACUGAACUGAGUGGCAACAGUUCCAAGCUGCUGGAGGCACUGCAGUUGUCACAUCCCCAUGAGCUGGAUCCACGGAGGAACUUGGGCAAGAAAAAGAUGCUAAGCCUCAACCCCAUCACCUGGCAGGUCCCACGGAUUGUGGACAGAUGUUGCAAGCACAUUGAAACAUAUGGUCUCCAAACGGUGGGCAUUUUCCGGGUUGGGAGCUCCAAGAAAAGAGUUCAGCAGCUGAGAGAAGAGUUUGACCAUGGACUGGAUGUCUUCUUGGAUGAGCAUCAAAGUGUUCAUGAUGUUGCUGCUCUGCUCAAAGAGUUUCUUCGUGACAUGCCAGAUUCACUGAUUCCUAGGGAGCUCUACGCAGCCUUCCUCAGCACAGCCUCCAUGGAGGGCCCACAGCAGCUGGCUGUGCUGCAGCUGCUGCUCUUCCUGCUGCCCCCCUGCCACAGUGACACGCUGUACCGUCUCCUGCAGUUCCUCAGCAAGGUGGCACGGCAUGCUGACAACUCUUGGGGCCCCAAUGGCCAGGAGAUUCCUGGGAAUAAAAUGACAGUUUCAAACUUGGCCACUGUCUUUGGUCCCAACAUCCUUCAGAAAGAGAGGCCUGGAGAAAAAGAUGCUGGAGCCAUGAACUUUGAAGACAGUACAGCUAUCAUACUGGUAGUUCAGAGGCUGAUUGAACACUAUCAGACCUUGUUCACGGUCUCUCCAGAAACACAGCAUGACAUCCUCAGGAGACUGUUUCAGACAGACCCCGAUGUCAUUGACUACCUUUUGCGCAGGAAAUUCAAUGCUGUGCUGCAAACAGAAAGUGAGAAUUCAACAGAGGAGCAUACUCCAAUCCUGAUGCCUGAUCAGACCCUGGAAAGCAACUCACUCUCAGAGCUGUACAGCAACAUCUCAUUCCUGAACUUGAACAUUGGCAUCUAGCCAGACCUCAACACUGCCUUCCAUGGACAAAACUGGGCAACAUUUCCACUACAAAAAUAUGUUCUCUAUCCUACUUUGGAGGAGCGGAGAACAGAAGGGUGCAUGAAUGUAUGCAAAAGUACCUUUGCUAACUGUAGGCAUGCAAAAAUGGUACUGGUGUAGUCAGUUCUGCAGCAGAAUGGAUUUUCAGUUACAGCUUCGUUGCCUGUCAGCUCACAAGGAUAGGGGUGGGAGAGAAGCAGCUUGGGCUGAGACCCACUGGGCAUGACUGGCCUGAAACACAAGUGAGUGGAGACUGCUAGUAGGGCAGUAAGGAUGGAAAAAUGCAGUUCAACUUCAUGCAGUCUGUACUUGGAUAUGCCACUCACCUUGUGUUGUCCUGUCACCGCUUUGUGCAGAAAGAUAUCUCAGAGCUGAAGAAAUGACCAUAACCCAACAGCACCGCUAUUGCAAAGAUCUACAGUGUGCCAUGUUCAGAAAGAAUCAUGGAUAUAUGUAUAUUUUUAAAUUUUGAUUUCAGGUUUCCAACUGCUAAUUUUAUAGAUAGAAAACACAGUAUUGACCACAAAAUAUAUAGGUAGUGUAGUACAAGGGAAAAGUAUACUCUGAACAUCUUUAUUCCUUGAAUAAUAUUCAGUAAGUAGAUCUAAUGUAUUAUAAUGUAUUACGGAAAUUGAGUGUCUCGUGACCUUUGGCUGAUAAAUGUCUGGUUUGUUUUUUUCCUCCAUCUGAGGCAUUGGAAGGCACUGCAAGUUACAUGCAAAUGUAUGUUUUUAGCUGAUGGGAUAAAAUGAAAGUUAUCAGCAAAUA